AUGCCCAGCCGGCUCCCGGAUGGCGGCCCGCGGGAGCGUGUGACAGCAGGCAAACAUGCAUGCCGAAGCAUCGCUGGACAUGGCCGCAUCCGCGGAUGGAACCUCGACCACACAGUCGGCAGCGGCCGGUACCACGCAGCAUCUCAUCCUGCCCGUGAACAUACUCGUCACCAGAACCCUCACGACGAGACAGCCUCCUCUGGUGAUCAGCUCGCGAAGGACCACCACUGCCGGCCGCCGACUAUGAAUAUAUAUAUCCCUGUUGCCGGCUCUGUCCGGCUUGCCAAACGUGAACGCGACGCCACACGACCCUCCCAGUCUCCCGGCAUGACAAUGUUUGCCUUCAAUUUCACCCCAAGGACUCUUGAUGCGCGGAUCGCGCAAUGGGAUCUCUACUUUAUCAGGGCGUAA